AUGUGUACAGGAAAGUGCUCUAAGGUCAUUGCGAUCUCGCUCUACAUCCUGGCGGGGGUCUCAAUCAUCUGUAACAUCAUUGCAUUCUUCCCUGACUGGUCUACGAAGUACGCCAAGUUGGACAGAGAAGAAAAUGGAGCCCGGAUCACCGACGAGGUUAAAUACAUGGGAGGUGUCAUCGGCGGAGGAAUCAUGGUGAAUUGAAAGUUUAGUUAGACUAUUAUGUGACUUCAUUGGUUUAGAAGACUAGACUUAUGUUCAGUUCCAUUUAAAUCCAGUCAAUUUGGAAAUGUUCAAUUGAAAUUGGUCAAAUUUUGAAUAGAAAUGUCAGUUUGUUGACUGAACUGAAAUGGAAUUGACCCCAACCCCCGUUUAGACAUGCUGAUUCUAUGGAGUAUUGGUCACACCAUGAUCACAGUUUUGUGUGGUCAUUUCCAAGAUAAAUCUGUACAUUUUAAAUAUGCUGUCUCUAAAUAUGCUACUCAACACCAAAACAGUUGUGAUUAAAGUAUUCUCAAAUGUUUUAUUUUCCUAUGCUCUCGCUCUCUCUCUCUCUCGCUCUCUCUCUCUCUCUCUCUCACUCUUCAGUGCCUUAUUCCAGCAAUCCAUAUCCACCUGACUAGCAGCAAUGGUUGCUGUGCCAACCGCUGUGGGGUAAGUCUAACUACACUCUCCUAACCACAGAUCUAGGAUCAGUUUACUCUGCCCCCCCCAAUCCCAACAUUAACCAUUAAUAUCUGAUCCUGUAUCAGUUGUUAAAGACAACUUCUACCUACUUUAAACCCAUAACACCUUACACAAUAUGAGGGUGAGCGGCUUGGACCUAUGGGUGGGGCAAUGACUGUUACAGCCAUAACAGUUAAAGAAAAAAGACCCUUACUUUACCACACCCUGCUGGUGAAACAGGUGUAAUACCAGGAAAUAACUCACUGGGUGUCUAUGGCCAAUGAUUGCCCACAAAGUAACACUCACAUUAUGGUUAGUGUAAUUUCACAAUAAAGCAAUUUGUGACAAGGAACAUACCUCUUUUGGCAAAAGCAUUACAUUACAAGAUAAAUCAAAUGUAACUACUGGCUGAGAAACUCACUGUAUUUAUUCAACCUUUAGUUAAUCCAAGUUUGUAGAAGCCUAAAAAAAUCUUAUUUUCCAAGUGGUAAAUACACAACAAAGAUUAAAUGUACAACAUACUCAACCUUCUCUUCCCCUGACCCCUGACCUCUGGAUUAUCCUUACUACACUUUAGAUGUUCCUGUCCAUUGGGUUUGCUGCUGCUGGGGUUGUUGGAGCGCUGUACAGUCUGGCUACGUCUGCCCUGGGCCUGUCCAAUGGACCUGUCUGCCUCUUUAUGGAAACACCAACCUCUGUUCCAGGGUGGGGGAGACCUUUCCUGAACAAGUAAGUAUUUUAUUCACUUAUUUUUAUAUGGUUUAUUUUAUUACUUGUUUAUAAUUGUAUUUUUAUGGUUUAUUUGACCAGGUAGUCCCAUUGAGGUCAAAGACGGUUUUUUCAAAGAUAAUAUAUGUAUAUUUAUUUUUGCUAUGUCUUUGGGGACUAGGCCUGGCUACUGUAAAGAACUUUCUGACUAAAUAUAAUUGAUUGAUUGUUCCUCAUUGCAGCAACGGGAGUUACCUGGGUGACAGUGACCUGUGGGCGAAGUGUAAAGAGCCCAAAGGUGUUGUGGAGUUUAACCUUGGGUUGUUCGCCACACUGCUGGUGGUGGCUUGUCUGGAGCUGGUGCUGUGUGGAAUACAGAUGGUCAACGGACUGUUCGGAUGCAUCUGUGGUACCUGCGUUGGCAAGGAG